AUGUCGUUCAUCCCGCCGAAAGCCGUCCCUCUCGUGGCACCUGGCCACACGCGACCCGUCACCCACCUCUCCUUCUCCGCCCUGCAAGACGACAACACGUAUGUGCUCAUCUCGAGCUGCAAGGACGGGAACCCGAUGCUGCGCGAAUGGACGGGCGACUGGAUAGGGACUUUCAUAGGACACAAGGGCGCGGUAUGGAGCAGCAAGCUGUCUCCUGACACCUCCCGUGCCGCUUCCGGAAGCGCAGAUUUCACGGCCAAGAUCUGGGAUACCUACUCGGGCGAGGCGCUCCAUUCCUUCCCUCAUAAUCACAUCGUCCGCACCGUCGCGAUGUCGCCAAACACUUCCCAUCUACUCACCGGCGGCCAAGAAAAGAAAGUGCGCCUGUUCGAUCUCGGUCGCCCAGAUGCAGAGCCAGAUAUCUUCAUGGAGGGCGGUGCAGCCACUGCACACGAGGGCACGGUCAAGAGCGUGGUAUGGGUAGGUGAUCACACCGGGGUCACGGCCGGGGAGGAUGGUCUGGUCAAAUGGUGGGAUCUGCGGACACGGAAGCUCACGACUAGUCUCACGUUCCCGGGCCCGAUCACGUCCAUGGAGCUCUCGGCACAAACAAAUCGGUUGGUCGUGACGUCUGGCAAGACCGUGUCCUUCAUCCCGGCAUUGCUCAAUGGCGGCCAGACCCAUAGCCUUACCUUGCCGUAUGCGCCGUCGUCUGCUUCAAUCCACCCUGUCCUCCAGGAUCGAUUCAUCACCGGGAGCAUCAGCGAUGAGUGGGUCAGGAUCCACGACUUGAACGGAGAAGAGCGCGACGUGCUCAAAGGUCACCAUGGUCCCGUGCACUGCGUCGAGUACAGUCCCGACGGAGAGAUGUUCGCGAGCGGCAGCGAGGAUGGCACGAUUCGACUUUGGCAAACGACACCCGGGAAAAGCUAUGGUCUGUGGCAGGGCACCCAGGCCAAUGGCGGUCCAUAA